AUGGCGGAGGCGGAGGAGUUGGGAGAACAAGAUAGUCAUUUUUCAAAACCGAUUGUUUAUUCUCCCGAAGUUGAACAGGCAAUUUCAGAAGUAAGUUUGAUGUUAGGAGAAUGAAACCUUGCUUUAAGCUCAAAGAAAAUUUCAGUGGCUAAAAUAUACCCGAAUUAUUUUGGAUAAUAUAAACUGACAAAUUUUAUAUGAAUAUAUGAUCGCCCACAUUGCGUGUUUCAUAUCAUUGUGUAUCAAUACCAGACUAACUGAACAGAUUGAUGGCGUUUUGAUAUGAGGUCAAAUGAGAGGAGUAAUUUCAUGCCUAAAUUUUUAGAAACCGUGCAUUGUCAAACAUUUGUAGCACGACACAUUUUAUAUAUGAUUUUGCAGUACAUUACAAAAGUACAUAAAUUUGAUAUAUACUUUUAAUAUAAAUAUAAUAUCACAUUGAUGUAAAAUUACAAGGCAUGUGAAAUUGGACUAUUUGGAUAUGAAUUGUACAAGUAAUGGUCUUCAAAUCCAAAAUGUUUAAUAAUCCAAAUGGUUAAUAAAUCCUUGAUUAAUUAAGGGGGAACCUCCAUAUUUAAAUUCCAGUCAAAUGUAUACAAAAAAACUAACCAUUGAGAAAUGUUUUAACUUGUGACUUAACUGCCCCAACAAAGUGAAAUUUUCGCUAUGGAGGACUAAUUUCGCUGUGGCGGUUUUUUCCGCCAGGGAGGCAGUAAUAUCUAUAUGCUGAAAUAAGUACCCAAAUUUUCUCAGGGGAAUGGGGGAGUUGCAUUCACCGAUCCCAACUGUGUACGCCCCUGCUUGCCUCUCCUAUCUUAGAUUAAUUAAGGGGCAGUAAACCACAUUUAUCAAUCCGUUUGAAAAUAUCAAAUUUGAGGUGCUUUAAUUUCAUUCAAUGGCUAGACUGGUCAACCUCGUUCUAGACUGGCAUAUUUUCUAAUUAAGUUUGAGGUUUGCACUUUGAUACACUUUAUUCAAAGAUUUUGAAAAUCUGCCCAAAACAGACCUGCUUCAGAUUUUAUCCAAAUGUUCUGAUCAAACCUGUCCGAAGCUCAAACGUUUAGUUUCCAUUUGGCAAUUUGAUUAAUCUGACCAGUCUGACCGUGUUAACAGAUAUCACCAUUUGUUUAUUUUAGGUGUUUCACAGUGAUGACCCACUCGACAGUAAAGAUUUCAACGCUGUGGAUUAUAUUAACACAAUAUUCCCUACCGAGCAGGUAUAUAACCUUAUAAACCUGGUUAGGUCCUGUUAGGCUAAAUUUCAAACAGGCAACAUUGCAUUGAAAUGGUGACAUUUAACAAAUAUAAAACAUGUUGAUAUACAGUUAUAUCAACACGAGUGAAAAUUGGGGAAAGAAAUUGUGUGGAAACACGACACGCGGAGUAUUUUCACACAAUUUCAAGUUUUCCCAAUUUCCACGAGUGUCGAUAUAACUGUUUCUCAAUACGGAAAAAUGUUCUAUAUUUUUUUAUAAUUCAGCACAAAGAAAUAAAAAGAAAGAAAUUUUCCGUGUUGACAUUGAGUUAUAUUAGCACGGCUCUCAGCCAAUCAGUGUUCAGAAUUUACAAAUGCUAUAUUAUAACUAGAAAUAUAAUCUUGAACAGUCUAGCACCAGUGUAGAUAGCGACGAUAACAGGACAGCUGUCGAUUAUGAGAGAUACAACUACCUAACAAAUAUUAGCAGAACUUUGAUGUUUCUUUUGUUAGCCUUUGCUCUUCCUCGGUCUACUAAUUUGGGAUUACCUAAUGAACAAACAGGUUCACACAACCACUAAACUCCUACUACAAAGACGCUCACACAAUGUUGACCAAAUACACAACAGUACAUUGCGAUAGCAAUUUGAAGAAUGUAGAAACAGUGACAUUGCUAGUUUUGAGUACCGGAUGUGCGAUACACACACAAGCUAAAGGGCCCUAGUAAUGCUAGUAUUUCUAAUAUGGCAAGAGCAAUUGUGGGGAAAUCCCUUACAAAAAAUCCAAUUGGAUGCCAGUGUGAAUUUCUAUUGAAAAUUGAUCCAAAUUCCAAUUGGAACCAAUUUGAAUUCCAAUAGAAAUGUAAACUUGCUAAUUGGAAUCGAUCGAACUUCCAAAAGAAAAUCCCACAUUCCAAUUGGAAAUUGACCCAAAUUAUUAUUAUUGGCCCAAAUUGGAUUUUUUGUAUAGGACUAAUGCUAUUUAAUCUCCAAAAUUAAAGCAAUUUCCUGCUAUUAUUAUAAAAACAUGUAAAGCUUAAAGCUAAACAUUGGCUAGCUGUUUGGACCCACAUUAAUCAAUCUAUAGUUCAAUCUUCUGUUCUUAACCCAUUCUCAUUGCUGAGAAUGCCGCACCAUACAGCACUCUCAGCCCGGUGAUUGAGUGAAAUCAUCUGGCAUUAGACAGAGUAACAUAAUAAAGUAGGGUAGUCUCAGUGACGUAGCCAGCCCGACAAUUUAGUCCCGCUAUGCAAAUUCAAAAUGAUCAUCAUUAUUCAUUUCUUCAGAAAUUGAUUGUUUUCACAGUCAAUUAAUGAACACAAAAAUAUUUGCAUAGCGGGACUAAAUCGUCGGGCUGGCUACGCUACUGGGUAAGCUCAAUCAAUGUGACUCAAUUGGUUAAAACAGGCCCAGCAAAGAAUCUUGGAAAUACUAGCACUAUAAAAUGAUCAAUAUCUUCAACCCUUACACUCUAAAACGUUCAAAAAUAAAAUUGAGAACUUUGUGUUGUUUUCGUCAUCCUAGUCCCUCACAAACCUUGAUGAAGUUGCCAACAAAAUGAAGUAUCGAAUACGGUGAGUGAUUAUAAUGGACUAUAGCUACUGUGGUUCACAAGCCUGAAAAUAAGCGGUGCGACAUGGACAUUGUCCGACACAAAAAAGGCAAAUGUCCGGCAAAAUGCUUUCCUCGCUGGACAGGAUGUCUGGUACAGUGAUACUAUAUUGAUGAAAAGUGAACAAUACAUUAAUUAAAUACUCUGAAUAUCUCUGUUUUAAAAAAAAUAACAAUAGCUAGCUAAGCAGUGCACACUGUAGUGUAAAUUAGUGAAAACUUCCUGUCACAACAAAAUUUUGCCCCAAUCUCAUUUUUGCACUUGCUGCCUGGCAACAUUUUGCACUUGCUGCCUGGCAACUUGCUGCCUGGCAAACAUAUAUUUAAAAAUAUAUGUUUGCAUUUUUAAUAUGACUUCCUAUAUUAUUAUAAUAUUACGAUAUUUGUGAUGUCUAGCAGUAAGUGAGAAGUGUCAGGCACCACAGCCAUGAUGAAAAAAUUAUUUUGAGGUUUGGUGCUUCAAGGCUUGAAAUUUAACACCUUUUCAGUAUCCAGUUAGGAUACCAGGAUUCAAAGUUUUAGUAUACACCCCCCUGCUCCAUCCCCUCCCUCCUGCCCCCACCCACCUCCCUCCUAUAAACCCAGUAUCCCAGUUCUACAUUGAUUGAAAAGUUUAUUUCAAGAAGGUGAUAGGCUGAUGAACUACUGUCCCUCAUAACAUGGAUAAUUCACAACCAUAUGUUUUGGUAGUCUAUGAUAUCUAUGAUGCUUCAUCUGUUUUUAGUUUCUGGAAAAAACCUGAGAUUAUUUUUUUAAUCUUUUAAUUAACAUAAUAUCUUCCAAAUCUUCCAAGAGUUAGUUCUAGAGUACCUACUCAGAGACAUAUUAUUUCUCUAUCUUUUUAUAUCUCUGGCAUUGUACCUAAUAUAUAUCUUUUUACACUAGAAUUGGAAUUUCAAUUGGAAUUUGGGCCAAUUUCCACUGGGAAUGAGUUUUUUUGUCCGAUGUUCAAUGGAUUCCAACAAGGAAUUUGGGCCAAUUUCCAAUAAAAAUUCCUAUAAUAUUGGAAUUCCAAGGGGUGUGUCACAGGGCUUGAAUUUUAUCGCGGCAAUUGCCGUAGAGGGAGAACAAAAUGCCGUGGAUCAUUGCGGCAACGACAGCAAUUUUUUGCCGUAUAGUAUAAUUUUUAUACUAUUAAAUGUGCAUUACUAUUUUGAUACUUGAAUUCAGAUGUUGAACAAAUCAUACGUAAACUACUAUUUUAGUCUGAGUUUUCUUCGAAACAAAAACACUAAAGAAAUACGUAAACAUGUUUCUAGCUGAUUCCAGCAAUCAUAUUCACCUGAGUACAUUAUACUAACACAGAAAAAAUCAUUACUGAUUAUUAGAUUACAUUGAUAUCGAAGGAACUAGAUUCUGUUCCGAAAUAUCACAUACUCGAACCGAUCUGACCGCGUAGCUCAGUUGGCAGAGCGUUGGGCUAGUAUUCCAAAGGUCGUAGGUUCAAUUCCCACCGUGGUCAGGCAUAUUUUUCAAGCUUGCCCGGUGUGGAUAUACACUCAGAGUAACAUCACAAGCAAUCAUGUUUCUAGCUUGUCAGCAAUCCAAGUAACGAAAAAUAAAAUUUUUAUUACAGAAAUUUGAAAAAAGGCCGUGGAAACUGCCAAAAUUGCCGUAGACCACUGUUACGAUCUACGGCAAUUUUUAACGCUAUUGCCGUUGAUUGAUUUCAGGGAAAUUCGAGCCCUGGUGUGUCAUAGGCGAUAUAGGAAUCAUUGUUUCAUUGUUUUGUUGGUGGAAAAAUUAUAUCAUAAAUACAAUAUUGCCUAUAUGCAUAUGAAACAAACAUUAAUAAUAAUAAUAAUAAUAAUAACACUUUAUUUAUUGAGGAUAAACAGAUAAAGUUACAACUUUUUUCCAAUCUGGUUCAAAGUUCAUUAAAGUUCAUGUAUCCUAAUAAAAUAGAUCAUAUUCACUGCAAAAAAUUUGACUCAAAUAUAGAUGAGCAAUUUCCCCCUUUUUUUUUACCGCUAGUAUAAAGUAAAUCUUCAUUAAAAAAAUUGAGCGAAUUUGAAACUCUACUAAAAUGUUUGAGUAGUCUAAACUUGAGCAAUUUUACUCUAAAUGUUGAUUCAUUGUGGGUGCCUUAUUUUAUUCUUACGUUUUAAGUCAAAAUACUCAGGAAUUUUUGGCAGUGUUCAUUGUGGUCAAAUCUUGUGGUUAAAUCUUGUUUUUCUCAUCCAGUGUUAAAAAGUGCAUACUAUGAUAUAGAGAAUAAUACAUGGGUGCGCGGAAAUACCAGAUUUAUUUCGAGUGUUGAACAUGAUAUCUCACAAGUGAGCGCAGCGAACGAGUGAGAUAUCAUGUUCGACACGAGAAAUAAAUCUGGUAUUUCCAAGCACCCAUGUAUUUUUCUGUUUAUUAUAUAAACAAAAUUCAGUGAAAAACAAUAAAACGUCAACAAUUGAUAUUUUCACACGUAAAAAUAUCGUAUUUUUUACGUGUGUUUAAAUACGAUUUUUAAAUACGAUUUUUCUCAGUGGCCAAAAACUCUAUAUAACACUCAUCGGUUUAUAUAAUAAAGUUGAUUUCAUGCUUUCUGCGUUUAGUUGGAGUGGUUCAAUGUUUAAUUGGAGUGGUUUUGGUCGAUUGUCAUUAGAAAUUGUUUUUUAUAAUUAUACUUUUUUAGUCUUUGCCGUGAAGGAGUUAUAUUGAUGCAUAUUUUCUAAUUAAAUUUGAGGUUUGCACUUUACAAGACUUUGGUCAAAGAAACUUCAAUAUUGCUACGUGCAAAAAACCACAAUUAUUGGCCCAGCGUUGCUAAGGAUUUCUAGAGAAAACGGGGUACCGGGGGGGGGGAGGAUCUGUGGUGUUUGAUAGAGCAGUUUUCUCGUAUGUUCGCUUUUUACGAGUGAUGUCUGCCCAUAAAAUUUCCCCCUUUAACAGUUUUCGUUUUUUGUUGUCAUAUUAUCGCAAUUUUAAGAGUUAAAAUAUUCCCGAAACCGUGAAAUUUCACCGAUGUCGUGACAAGCGAAUCGAGGGACCUGAAUUACUGAUACGAUAAGAGGGUAAGACAAAUUGGCUCUACUUUCGCAUACGAAUGUAUAUAGAGCCUGGCAGAUGGGUGAUUGCUAGAUAGUAUACUUCAAAAUAAGGUUUCCGUUUUUAUAACGUUGAAAAAAACUAUCCUAACGCAAAACUAAACCCUAACCUAACCCUAACUUAUUUUAAAAAUUGGAAAAAAACGGAAACCUUAUUUUGAAGUAUACUAACUAGCAAUUUCUCUGGCAGAUGUUUUUCAGAAUAAAACCACAGUAACUUCGGAAUGGUUUAAGCAUAAAAAAAUGCUUAAUACCUUUCUUCAUUAAUAACAUUAAAUGAAUGGAAUAAAAUACUUUAAGGUUACAGGACACCCUUUUUGGCGUUUUGCGAAAAAUCGCUACUGCGCGCUCAAAAUCAGUCCGAUUUUCAUCAAAUUUUCACCAAAUGUUCGCCAGUGCAUGUAAAAUAUGGUAGAGUUAUAAAAUGAACAAGCAAUAAAAUAAUGUAAGAAUUAUUCAGGAAAAUCUUAAAUCGCGGUACCGUUACGCUUUUGAGUUGUGCUCCUGCUGGUUUUAAGUUAUAUUUAUGAAAAUAUCAUUUUUAAACAGUAAAAUAGUUGUCCUAAAAAAUGGUGUUCGGAAAUUUUUGUUUAUUUCGUCAUUCCGCUGAUAUGGCGAUUUCUUUGACGACUGCAAUAUAUUUCUGAAUUGUUUGAGUGAAUUGCUCUAUAUUAUUAAAAUAUCCAAAAUUAGAACAAAGCCGAACACACUUUUGAAACUGACGUCUUUAGCUAUGUCCUGUGAAAAUUUGAGAAAAAUUCAUUAAAACCCGCAGGGGAACAGCUCGUUUGAAAAUCAGUAAUUGCCGUAAAAUUCUUCGGGAGAAAAUUGAAUUUGAAUAUUACAUUUUCAAUGUUUUUCUUAUUGCAGCGAAAUGUAUUUUAUUAAAUAACUCUGCGAGUUUUCAACAUUUUUCGUCCAAACUUGGUCAGAUAGUAGAACUAGUCUAAUGCUUUCAUGGAAACCAAUAAAAAAUUUUUAGGCAAAAUUAACACUCAAAGGUGUUCUGUAACCUUAAGAAGAAUCAUUGAUCGUCUGCCCGUGAGUCUCAAGCUAAAAUGGCGUGAGUUAGUCGACACUAUUAUGCAGCAAAAACAUAGAGAAGUUACUGUAAAGGAUUUGACGGAUUUUGUCGUUGCCAGAACAAGAGUCGCAACCCAUCCUAUUUUUGGAAAGGUUAACAACAGCGAUGGUAAGAAUACGGGAAACGUAAGCAACCACAGACAGCCAAGCAAAGUAAGGAACUAUGCAAUUGAAGGUAAUCAGACGGAUGAUAAAGAUGGAACGAGAAAAGGUGUCAAGUGUCCUUCCUGUGAUUCAAACCACUGGCUAUCCCAAUGCUAUGCAUUUAAGAAGUUGACGGUCGAAGAUCGACACAAGUUUGUUCGCAGAAAGAAUCUCUGCAAUAAUUGUCUAGUCACAGGACAUUUUGUCAAGGAUUGUCCAAAGAAGUUUCUGUCGUGUCCAAGAUUGCAAAGAGAAGCAUUCAACUUUCCUUCAUCCGCAGCGUUUAAGUGAAACCCCGGAACCGAGCAAGGACUUGCCAAAGGAUAGUUCAAACCUUUCAACCGAGUCACGGAACGAGGAAUUCAACGUCGAAGCAACGAGCAAGGAAUCAAAUAAUGGCUAUGUUAGAAUUAAAGGUGAAAAUCAGUCUGCAGUUAAAGUUGCAUCAACCGCCGGUUUGGCCGUUGUUCCUGUUAAAGUUAAGGCGAAAGGCACAGGAAAGAUGAUCGAAACGUACGCUUUCCUUGACAGUGGCUCGAAUACUUCGUUCUGUACCGAGAAACUCCUGAACCAGCUCGAUCUCGAUGGAGAAUGUCAACACGGCAGUGGAGUGUUCAUUUGUUAA